GCGGCAGCAGCGGGCGCGCUCAUUGGCCAGGGUGGCGGCCAAUCACCGGCGGCGCCUGUUUGCUCGGGAGGACGGAUAAAAACCCCGGGGGGGAUCGGCGGCGGAGCGGAGCGGUGGGCGCGGCGGACGGUUGAGAUUCUGAACGAGACCAUCUUCCCCACACAGCAAUGGCGCCCACGCUUGCGACCGCCCAUCGCCGGCGCUGGUGGAUGGCAUUCACAGCCAUCAUCGAGAACCUGCUCUUCUCUGCUGUCCUGCUGGGCUGGGGAUCCCUCCUCAUCAUGCUGAAAGCCGAAGGGUUUUAUUCCUACCUGUGCUACGAUACAGAAAACAUCACCAGGAGCCCUGAACAUGAGAACAGCACAACUUCAGAGCACCAAUGGCCUUCCUGCAACGCCCAGGAUGAAAUGCUGAACUUGGCCUUCACCAUUGGGUCCUUCCUGCUGAGUGCGAUCACGCUGCCCCUAGGGAUUGUCAUGGACAAGUAUGGCCCUCGCAAGCUGCGGCUGCUUGGCAGUACCUGCUUUGCUGUGUCCUGCGUGCUGAUCGCGUACGGUGCCAGCAACCCAGACUCUUUGUCUGUGCUGAUAUUCAUUGCGCUGGCUCUGAAUGGCUUUGGUGGGAUGUGCAUGACCUUCACAUCGCUUACGCUGCCCAACAUGUUUGGUGACCUUCGUUCCACGUUCAUUGCUCUGAUGAUUGGCUCCUAUGCUUCCUCUGCUGUGACUUUUCCAGGAAUCAAGGUUAUAUAUGACUUUGGGGUCUCCUUCAUCCUUAUUCUGCUUGUCUGGGCAAGCUGUGCAGGACUAGUUUUCCUCAACUGUUUCUUCAAUUGGCCACUGGAACCUUUCCCAGGACCAGAAGACAUGGACUAUUCGGUGAAAAUAAAGUUCAGCUGGCUGGGAUUUGAUCACAAAAUCACUGGGAAGCAGUUUUACAAGCAAGUAACGACUGUGGGGCGCCGUCUCAGUGUGGGGAGCUCCAUGAAGGGCCCCAAGGAGCCGACAGCCUUGCAAGAGAACAACAAGCUCUGUCUAUCUACGGUGGACCUAGAAGUGAAGUGCCAGCCUGACAAUGCAGCUUCUCCCUCCUUCAUGAAGAGUGUCUUCAGUCCUAUCUUGUUGCUCAGCCUUAUCACCAUGUGUGUCACUCAGCUGCGGCUCAUCUUCUACAUGGGGGCCAUGAAUACCAUCCUUGAGUUUCUGUCUGGAGAUGAAAAUCAAGUGGCUCUCUACACUUCCAUUUUUGGGGUAUUGCAGCUGCUGUGCUUGCUGACUGCGCCUGUGAUUGGGUACAUCAUGGACUGGCGAAUGAAAGAAUGCGACGAUGGCUCAGAAGAGAAUGAGGAGAGCAACGCUGAGCAAAGUGACAAGAAAAAGAAAAAACGUGAUCGUCAGAUCCAGAAAAUCACCAAUGCCACCAAUGCCUUUGUAUUCACAAAUCUCCUGCUGGUUGGAUUUGGAAUCACCUGUCUUAUUCCUAAUCUACCGUUGCAGAUUCUUUCCUUCAUUUUACACACAAUCGUGAGAGGAUUCAUCCACUCAGCCGUUGGAGGCCUCUAUGCAGCUGUAUACCCCUCUACUCAGUUUGGCAGCUUGACAGGGUUGCAGUCGUUGGUCAGUGCCCUCUUCGCCCUUCUGCAGCAGCCUCUUUUUAUGGCAUUGACGGGACCUUUGGAAGGAGACCCUCUCUGGGUGAACGUUGGCUUGCUUGCUGUGAGCUUCCUGGGUUUCUGCCUUCCAAUCUACCUGGUCUGCUACAGACGCAGGCUAGAGAAAGAAAAAAAACAGAAGAUGGAGGAUGCCAAACUUUUCUUCAAAAUCAAUGGCACUCCCAAUGAGGAAGCCUUUGUUUAAACUGGUGCUUCAAAUACAACCUCCCCUGUACAGGUUCCUACCACAUCCGUGGGUUCUACCUGUGGUGUAAGCCAGGCUUUUACUUGCCUGGCUCUGUCAAGUUCUUUGCUCAUCACUGGAGUGAGGGCCGGACAUCAUGACUGAGCUUUCCUCAGAUGUAUGGCAGAAGGAGACUUCUCACUCCUUACUCCAGAACACAGGACACUUUUUAUAAAGGCCACGCAGAUAUCGUGUCUUAAAUUAUCCCCUGAUCACACUCUCCAGCGGCAGAGUCUCUGCAUAAGAAAUGGGGAGAGAAGGAGUUAGAGGGAUGGAGGAAGAGGGAAGAAAGACCAUAAUUUGAGUGUGCAAAUAUGACACUGAAAUCUGUCUUCUCACCCUCUUCCCCCAACCUUGUCUGACACUGUCUCAGAUGCAAGCUGCGCUCUCCUCCCACCCUGAGGCUCCGUAAUGGUCUUUCUGCUUGAUAUGGAGUUGGACACAGUGGUUUUACUGUCUAUCCAGACAUACCACAGACUGUUUCUGAGGCAGGGAAGGGGAUUUUAUUCCUAUGUGUAUGAGCACAGCUUCAGUGUAUUGCUAAAUGUUGGCUGCUAGCACUGACAGCUCCCAAACCUUUUAGUACUGCAAAUGACACAGACUGUGAGCAACGGAUCUGCCUUCCACACUGAAAUGAAGAGCCUAGUGGACUGCUUGGUCCUAGACCAAGCCUUCAGAAGCCUGGAAUUCCUCCUCUUCUUGGCCCACAAACCGCCUGUGUGUGUUUUAAACUGUCUGCAGUCCUGGAACCUUUGAGAUAGGAAUUGGAUCUUGUUUACCGAUGAAGUGCUUUGAGACUUGUUGCCUUUUGCCUCUUCUUCCCUCUGACAUGACCCUGGGAGGGGGGCAGCAGCGUGUAUUGAGUAAAGUGGAGAAGCUUCUUGAAGCUGAGUUCUAGGGCUCCAAAUACGUUGGUGUUCAUGAGCUGACUUGCUGUUGAAAAGAAUCGAGAGUGCAGAACACUCCUUUGUGUCUAGUAACUGGAUCCUGUGGACAUACGGCAGGGUGACGUGGUGAUGUAAUUCUUCCUCUAGCCAUAGCUUAUUUACGUUGUUCUGAUAAUAGCCCCCAAGCUGCUGAACACCAGGUUACUGUGACUGACCAAAAAGCUGCCGGUUUGGCUGUAUUAAGAGCCUUCUACAAUGUCGAUGCUCUGUCUGGACAGAGUUCAUGCUGAUUGAUUGUGUGGUGAAGCUGACCUACAGAGCAAUACAUGUGGGUAGAGGUGCCCCAGGCCUGUUCACCAUGGAGGGAAUACAAAGGGAAUUCCUAACCUGCUUAUUUUUAUAGAGGUUUUCCUAAGUCUUGUCUAAAGUCGACUUUUCUGCCUUCAGCAUUCUUGUUGAGGUCAGUAGCUCAGCCUCCGUAGCCUCAUGACUAGCAUUAACAACUGCACCAUUUGGACCUGCUGGGAGCGGGACCGUGCAGCGUUGAGGAUGGACAUCACCAAUGGGUGUGCAGCAGCACAUGUGCUGGGCUGAGCUAAUGGCUGCAGGAAGGUUGGGGGCAGAAAUAAAGCAGUCAUGAAGAUGUAGGUGGUGCUUUCUGAACUGCCAACUCCUGCUUUACUGCAAAGACUGGUGGGGGGGGUAAGUCAUUCAGCUUCUUUGUCUGGUCAGAAAAGUAAUCACUGACUCAAUCACUGCCCCGCUGUAAACUGCAGAUUAGAAACAACAGUGCACUCGAACCUUCCUUUGAGAAAUUACCUGGAAACUGUGUGUUCACUUCUUUGCUGAUGGUUUGAAGCAUGCAGAUGCUCAGCCCAGCCAGGCCUUCACCUUCCCUAAUCAGCAAGCUUGGUGACCUCUUGCACAGCUGUAGCCUGGGCAGGACGGCUGGAAGCCCUGCGGCGUCCCUGGCUGGUGGCCUUGCCAGCGCAGGAUGACGAGGCAGCUUUGUGGGACAGCAGCGCCAUCUCGAGUCACUGCCCCAGCCAGCCUCCUGCGGGCAGUUCAGAUGCUCCUCCACUCCAUGGUACCUUCUAGUCUCGUUUCAAAAUGACUCGCCACUUGAGCAUUUUACACAUUCGUGGAUUUUUUUUUUAAUGUGUUGCCUUUAUUAAAUGUGUUUGUUCCAAGACAGCCUUAUUGCCUGCUGUCGACGCUUUACUUUUCUAGAACUUCUCGUCUUUUGCUGGCCUCUGGCUUUGGUGGUGAUUUAGCAACCUUCCCAGCUCUUCUUUUGUGUCUAGCAAUAAUUAAGGAGGAGGCAGGGCUUUGAUUUGUUUUCCUAUUCACCUGGCACUGUCUCAAGUACAUGUUGAGAGACCCACCAGCAGUAGUACCGUUGGCCUAGAUUUCCAGAGGGCUUUCUGCGGAUUUCCCCAAUUCAUAUUACUACUAAAUAUUUUGAGAAGAUUCCUACUCUUGCUCUGAGAUAUUUGUGACAUGACAAUGACAGAUUAAGUUUUUUAUUUUUAUGUUUUUUUUGGUUUUUUUUUUUUUUUGUAAGAGCUCAUAGACAGGUGAGUGUCUGAGCCACAGUCCUGACUCAAUGUCUUAAAGAGGCAGCUGUUGGAGGGUGUUGGUGUGCUAACGCAGCAUCACUUCCACCUCAGCUGCCUCCCCACUGCAGUUCCCAGUUCCUGACCUUUAUUAGGAGUAUCCUGUAGCCCAGUUUCAUCUGGUAAAACAGUGGAUAUACAUGCUUAGUGUCUCCGCUGAUGUGCCAUGGUGUUUAGAAGCUGCUGGUCAGCUGUAAGGAAUAGAGCUCAUGCCUUUGAGUCGCGGUUUCAGGCUCUGUUUGCAGCUUGAGAGGAAAGUGUGCCUUUGGCUUGCAAUCACAAGGACUAGUGGGUACACAAUGAAGUUUUAAUUGUUGAGGGUUGAACAGACAAAUGGGAGUGCUUUCUAAUGCACUGCAAAGUCAAACUGUGGAAUUCACUGCUGCAGAAAGUAGUUGGGAACAGAAGUAUAACUUUUUAAAAAAAAAAAAAAAAAAGAGGCUGGUUAAACAAUGGUCUGAUGCAUCCACUAACUCAGGGAGAUUUUAAGUUGCUGUAAAUAAGAAAGUUAUGCCAAGGAAAGAUUACUUUUCUACAUGCUUUGUCUCUUAAAAAUUGGUCAAAGAUGGAGAAAAUACGUACUGGGCUAGGUGAAAUACUGGUCUGAUCUUGUGGGGUUUCAUUUAUUCUGACAGUUGUGAACGAAACUGCUUUUAAAAGCAUUCUCAAAUUGAUCUAUCAAAUAAACUGUGUCUGCAUGCAAGAUGUGCAAAUACUCUACUGACUGUGGCAUAAGUGCUUAAAUGCUGCACCUCCUGCCUGGGGGGAGCCCCUCAGAGGCCAGAGUAUCCUGGCUUCAGCCAGAAAUGUUGUGUUGCACAGUACAGAAACAAACGCUGUUGGGAUGGUCCUGUUACACGUGAUUGUUCAUGGGCAGUUUGCCUCGUUCUUUGAUGCUUAUGGGAAUGUAAUUGUGGAUUACUUAACGUUUGGAAUGGAAAACAGCUUUGCUGCUUUCUAGCCAAGUGAUGCAGGACCAAGAAAAUUCUUGAUGCGCUCUUCUAGGUGCAUGAGCCACCUCGUGGAAAAAAAUUAAUGGGCUAGCAAAGACUGGAGAGCCACAUCAAUUUAAAUCAAUAAUGCAUUUACCUGUAUAGCUCAAAUAUAGGUCAAUGUAUUUAAUUACUUUCAGUAUUCCUAAAUGCUAGAAUUUCAGGGUUGGGGUUUUUUUUAUGCCCUUUUACCCCCUUAUCCUCAUCUAUAUGAGAAGUAAAAGGAGGUUGUUGGUGGGAAACAUCUCAUCUCCUCCAUAGAAGCAUCCCCAACUGACCGUAAUGAAGCAGAAGCCUGAUCUGUGAGUACUUGCUGUUUCUAGGUGCCCUCAGAAUCAAGGGUGUUGCUGUGUAAAGGUGAUUGCACCUUCUAGGAACACUGCUCCUGGCCUCUACAGGCUCUUGCAUGCAUUUAAUACGCAUCUGUAAUUUUUAAAAAAAUAAUUAAUUAAAUUAACAGAAUGGGGAAGGGAGAGCGGCAACUUGUUCCUUUCACUAAUCUGUCAGUACCCAAGCCCCAUCGGCAGUCUUUAUAGCGCUAAUGCAAUGAUGCCAUCAAGAGUAACAGAGAAAAUCUGUGCUGUGUUGCUUAAGAGGACACUUAUAACUUUGUUCAGUUACUGUCAUAGAGUAUCUGGACCCUUGAGAUAAAACUGGACACAAAUGUCUUAAAAAAAAAAAAAAAAAAAAAAAAGGCAAAUCUUUCUGUGGUUCCAACUUAAAUGAAAUGCUGCUACAGCCAUUGAAAUGUUUAGCUCCCACAACAAAGUCUGGCCUCUUCAUGCCCUGUCUACAAAGGAAAAUUGUAGGAUAAUGAGAUUUUAAUGAGAUUAAAUAAAUCACUAAAAUGUUUUAAAGUAGGAGAUUUCCUUCUUGAUAGGCUGAUGAAUUUGGAAAAUAUGCCACAAAUUAUAAAGCAGAUACUGUAGGGUAAAAAGAAUGAAAUCUUUAAAACUACAUGUUUUGUUAUUCUUCUACCCUCCCUCCCCCUUCCCCCCACCUGUCCCUUUGAGUCCUUUCUGCGUCUGCAGAGCUUUUGGUAUUCCCUACUUCCUGGUUUAAAAGUGCAAAGUAUUCAUAAUGGAAAUUAGUAUUAUAGUAGGAUUCCCGAUGGGAACAGACUGUUGGGUUUUUUUGGAUUUCUUUUUAAAUUAAAAAAAAAAAAGCCACUUCUGAUUUAUAUUUCACAAUGUUAUCUUCUCUGGAGUAGCUGAAACAAUGAUGUGUUAUGUAGAUGCAUUCUUACAUGUUAAUUAUAAAACCCCCAGGUCCUUGUUCUUCUGCCUGUGCUGCUCAGCCUGUCUCUGCGCAAUCUGUUUUUGUCAAGUGUCCUGUGCCUCAUGCCGUCAUCUACUGCUGCUUGUCACUUCCUUGGGCCUGACCCUCUGUCACUCGCUUUUUAUUCCUGGGGCAAUCCUCUUUUUCAGAAAGCCCCCUCUUUUUAACCUGACAGCAUCAGCCUCCCCCACCUCCUCCCGUUCGCAAAUUUUUUCGUGGUGUUUGUCAAAGUUGAAUUGUAAGCUCCGUGGGGCAGGCCUGUGUCAUCUUUUCUGUGUUUGUAAGGUGAUGUGCACUCUUGCAGUACUAUCUAAAAAUAAACAUGGCAUUAAGUUAAUCAUUAGUUUUCCUUUUGAGGCUGAACAUAAUAAAGGUAUUGCUCAGUUCCUAACGAGACCAUGUAAGCAUGAAUGCUUUACACGGUGUCAUCUGCCAAAGUGCUCGGCUGUGUGUUGGAUGUUUCUUUGUCUUUUUCUUCUCUAGGUUAGGAGCUAACAGCCACAUGUCAAUUAAUCUCUAUUGGAGAAAAAAAGAAUUCAUUUCUUAAAAAACCCAACCCAUCAACCACAACAAAACACCACCACAAACAAAAAAAAAAACCAAACCCCACAACCCAACCUGAGACAGCAGCUUGAGAAAGAGAUCAAUCUUAGUUGUACAGGAUAAACUGGUCUCAAACAGUGAAAGAUGAACUACAGUGUCCUUAGAUAGGAACAGUACAGAAGAGGUGCAGUGUCAAUAGUGAAGCUGCACACUUUGGUUAUCCAUGCUUGAGCUUGGUGACGCUAAAUGUAUGGCUUUUU